GUCCCGGUGACUCCCCGGUCCGCCCGCCCUUCCGCCCCGCGCAGCCUCGGGCCCUGGGCUCGGGAACCGCUUCCGGGGCGGCUGCUCUGCCGCUGACCCGGCGCGACCCGUGACGCGCGGCCCGGGCGGAAGUGCGGGCUGAGGAGCCCGAGUCCCUCCCGGAGCAGGUCUCCGGCCCGGCCGGCGGCUGUGGGCGAUGGCGACCCUGUGGGGCGGCGCCGUGCGGCUCGGCUCCCUGCUCGGCCUGUCCUGCGUGGCGCUGUCGGUGCUGCCGCUGGUGCCGCUGUCAGCCGCCGCCAAGAAUUUCGAGGAUGUCCGAUGUAAAUGUAUCUGUCCUCCCUAUAAAGAUAAUUCUGGACAUAUUUAUAAUAAGAACAUAUCUCAAAAAGAUUGUGAUUGCCUUCAUGUUGUAGAUCCCAUGCCUGUACGGGGGCCUGAUGUAGAAGCAUACUGUCUACGUUGUGAAUGUAAAUAUGAGGAAAGGAGCUCUGUUACGAUCAAGGUUACUAUUAUAAUUUAUCUCUCCAUUUUGGGUCUUCUCCUUCUGUACAUGGUAUAUCUUACUCUGGUUGAGCCCAUACUGAAGAGACGCCUCUUUGGACACUCACAGUUAAUACAGAGCGAUGAUGAUGUUGGGGAUCACCAGCCUUUUGCAAAUGCUCAUGAUGUGCUGGCCCGCUCUCGCAGCCGAGCCAAUGUGCUGAAUAAGGUUGAGUAUGCCCAGCAGCGCUGGAAGCUUCAAGUUCAAGAGCAGCGAAAAUCCGUCUUUGACCGUCAUGUUGUCCUCAGCUAAUUGGACAUCACAUUCAAGGUCACAGGCAUAUACCUGGAAAAGUUGAGUUGUCCUGGGUUUUGUUUUAAUACCCUAUUGAUUUUAUCAACUCUUACUGGAAAGUUCAAAACUGGAAGCAAAAACCAUGCUUGGUAUUUUCUUUUCUUGUUAAUAUAUUAAUAGAUACAUUUUUAAAAGCACAUGUCACAAAAUCAACCAGUAAACCUUUUCCUGUUUGUGACUUUUACUAAUAAAAAUAAGUCUGCCUAUAAAUUAUCUUGAAGUUCUCUACUUGGAACAAACAUUCUUUUUCACCCACAGUUGUAUUUAAGUUUUCAAGAUAAUUUUCAGGAUUUUUUUGGGGGGUGGGGUGGGGAGGUGCAGUGUUCAGCAGAGAAAGGGAAGGAAGUGCUUGAUAUAACUUUUCUUAAGUCACUUUACUAAGCAAACUUUGUAAAUAGAUUUUACCUCCUAUUUUCAAAUUUCAUUUAUAUCUUACAGCAUACCCAGCCUCCUCAAAAACCUGAUUUAUCCAUUUGGAUUUUGCACUGACAUAUUAUAUCUAGGUAUAUGGCUGGCUAGCCUGUGCUUAUACUUCAUGAGAAACUGGAUCUGAAAUAUGUGGUGGCUUUUCACAAAAAUGCAGAUUUUCUCUAUUACUGUGAUGUCUGAUGCAGUGCAUCCUAGAACAAACUGGCCAUUUGCUAGUUUGCUCCAAUGACUAAACAUAGUCUUGGUGGUAUAGUCGUUCUCAUCUUCUUCUAGUGUCUUUAAGGAUGAAUCCCAAGGACUUGGACACUUGCAAUAAAGAAAUUUUGUUUUAAAACCCAAGCCUUGAUAGAUGACAUAUACAUAUCUAUCAGCAUUCUGGCCACACUGCGAGGCAGCCUUGUCAACUUUAGUAUGUGUGACUUUGAAUUAGAACUAGAGCUCUGAGUGCCUCUCUCUGAAAGGUAUAACAGUUAUUAGAUAACUGGGUUGUUUUUUUUCUUACUAUGUCUUCUUUUGAAUGUAACAAUAAAAGUAAUUUUUGAAACAUCUACCACUAUA